AGGUGGUGCAAUUUCGUACGGAAAAGUAAAACGCAAAAAUGGUUGUCAUCGCCAAAUCGUCGGCUAAGAAGGGCGAAAAGUCCAUCCUUCCCCUGGUUCACCCAGUUCCGGAUGCGAACGCUACACCAACCGCCCCGGCCGAAGAUGGCCACAACUCAACCGCUUCGAACAUCAUUCUCCUGCGCCGUGGCCGUCAGCUAAAGCCGGCAACGGCAGCCAUCCUGUUGCUGGUGGCAUUGCUCGGCUUUUCCAUCGGCACGAUCGGCGGUCUGUUCUACUAUCGCCAGUACGCGCAAGCCCGCAAUCAUAUGCGCUACCACGGUUUCUGCAAGAUCCCGUACGAUGCAAGCAAUUUCGAAUCACUGUACCGCUCGAUGAAUUCCGACCGUGACAUGGAAAUUCUGCGCCAGUUCAACAUGUUCCAGAUGCCGAAGGCGCUCAACCAGGAACAGGCGGCCAACUCCGAUGAUUCGCAGACGAACGAAAAUGAUAGCAAUGGCAACGACAACAGUGAUGAUUUCUUCCGCGAAGAGUUCGAGCUGGGACUGUCGGACGAGGAGAAUUACUCGAAGAUCGAUGUGCCGGUGUUCCGUGGCCAGCGUCCGGCUCGUUUCCUGCACGACUUCACCUUCAACCAGUCUGGUAUCAUCGACAGUGCGGCCCGACGUUGCUUCAUCAUGCCGCUCGAUCGUGAAACGGUCCUGCCACCGCAGUCGUUGCGUGAUCUAGUGACGAAGAUGCAGCUUGGCUACUACAACAUUGAUACGAGCGUGCUGAAGAAGACGAUGCGUGUCGUGCUGCCGGAGCUGACCGAUUUCACCGAUGUUUCGCCCCGCGUCACGAAGGAGUGCGUCGACAUGAAGAUCUACCAGCUGGAGAAGAUUGUCAGUGGAGUUUACAAGCGUUCCACGGAUAUUCAGGAGCGUGCCAAGUUUGCCGAAUUUGGUGGAAACCACAUCUCGCUCAUCGAUAUCGCCAACCUCGAAGAGCUGAACGAAUAGAA